UAGGAUAGUUCACCUGAAAGUGAAAAUUCUGUGAUCAUUUACUUCUGUGGAACACAAAAGAACAGAUUUUGAAAACUGUCCAAUUUUUAUUUAUUUUUUUGGUUCAAUCUAAGAAUGUUGUUUUGAAUCCCUCUGACUUUUAUUGUAUGGACAACAGUUGAGAUAUUCUUCAGAAUGACAUAAAGUGGAGUAAAUUAUGACAAUUUUCAUUUUUGAGUGAACUAUUCCUUGCCAGUUUUCUGCAUGUGCUCUGUCAUGCGACAGAUUUCACAUUUCAGUGCUCGCACCAAUAUGAUGACUGAGUGUUCAAGACUACAGCAUAAGAGCAAUGAUCUGUUACCUGUUAACUAAGAUUCUGAGCCAAUGUCCAAAAUAGAUAAACAAUGUUCUUAAAAGAUCCUUCAGGCAUAGAUGAGUGGACCUUUGUCAGACAAGUGUCUAAAUUCUUAAGCCACUAUACAAAAACAGUGCAGUUCUGGCCAGAUGAGACAUUACGGCAUUCUAGAUCUUUGGAAGAGCACAUCGGAAAGUAGGAAUCAAGGGACAAAUCCUCUUGCUGGGCCAAGUGAUGUACUACCUGCUGGUGUUUGUAGUACCAUCACAAACAGCAACCAGAAUCCCGGUGAUGUCCCUGUGAAUGUUGUCUCUUUGAUGCCCGGCCAAGCACCGAGCUCUUCAAACACUCGGGUGUCAGAUGGGGACAAAGCUGGUGCCAUGCUCCUGUUCUCCGGGCUCUUCUUGGGCCUGGUUGGCAUGACAUUCACGGCUAUGGGGUGGACAAAAUACAAUUCCAGCCACAGCUAUGAUUGGACACAGCUUCUGGGGCCCAUUCUGCUAUCAGUAGGAGGUACAUUUGUGCUGAUAAGCAUCUGCAAGUUCCGAAUGCUGUCCUGCCUGAUCUGCAAGCAGAAUGAUGGAGAGAGAACACCUGAAACGGACCCUCUGCCGCCACUUUCAGGACCAUCGUUCAUCUUCACUAGAUUCAACCAGCCCAUUACUUUACACAGGGCCACGGUGGUCCAGUACAUCCCACCCCCGUACACCUCUGUAGUACCAGACCAAAGUCUGGGUCCUGUUAAUGGUUUGCAUUCAAAUCACCAGCCAUUAGCAGUCACAGUGAACACGCCGCCACAGUAUUACAACAUGCAUCCAGUGGAAAACCCUGGUUUUAAUUCUGGUGAACAUGAAGACGCUACAGCAGAGCAAAGGGAAAACAGGAAUCGCAGUGUCUCAGAGGAAGAAGAAAAGGAGGAAGCGAGUACAGGAGACAGCACCUCCUCUCCACCUGCUUACAAGGACCUCUUCCACUCCUGAUCAAUGAAAUACAUUUUACUAAGAACUUUACAAAUAAAGUUCAUUUGUUUUCUUAAGGUAUCCAUUAGCGUAUUUGUGAUACGUAAUUUUGCUAAAGGCUGAGAGAAUAUUAAAUAAGUUUUCAUAUUUGAAAAAUAUAAGACAUUUUACUAAGGAGACUGGGAGAAUAUUAAAUAAGGUUCCGUAUUUGACAAAUACAAGCUAGUACGGUUUACUUUAGUUUCGAUGUUUAAAGAUUCUUUUACACGUUACAAACAAUGUGUGCUGUCCUACUCAUUAUAUUUUUCUCAGCUCUCUCGUGUCCUCUUGGGCUCCUGAGAACUUCGUGGCACACGUGAGCGUCCGGUGAGGGCCACAUGGGGGCAGAAAGAGUGAGGAAGUCCGAUAAAAUUCCUAAUUCGCCAACACUGGGGAAGGUGGUGUGUUUUAUGCGUGUUCGUUUUAAUAACUGAAAGUUUGACAAAUAAAAAUCAUGUUAAUCAUGUUGUAGUGCAACAGCAGCAUAGCAAGUAACCAGUGUGUGUUAACAUAGUUUAUCCUUUUACGUGAGCAAGGCGGUCUGUAGUGGAAGGAUGUUCAGUUUGACUAAAUUGAGACGUGCUCUAUGCAUCUUUUUGUAGAAUCUUUAACAGAAACAUUUCAUGUCUGUCGUUUUAGGAAAUGUGAGACUAUAUAUUUGUUUUUACAUGUUUAUGGGUCGAUCUUUUUAUCGAUUUAAAAUAUAAAAUCUUAUAUACUAUCAGUCUAAACUUAACAAAAAUACCUUACAAAACAUUGAUUUUAUUAUUCUAAAUCAACACAGCGAUUGAGCAAUUACAAGUAAUGUUCGAUCAGUGUGACCCAAAAGAGAAAUAAAUCGUUAAAGCUUGCUGUAUUAUUUACAUCAAUACCUAAACAUAUUUUUUUUAAUUCUUGAAUUUUUUUUAUUAUUAUUUAAUUAUUUAAAUCAUUUUAAACUGGGUGAUGUUUUGUUAUUUUUAUAGAAAUACAUGAAAAAUGUGUGUGUGUGUGUGAUUGUGUGCGUGCUACAAUGUGUAUAGGCUACUGUAUCCAACAGAAGUGCAUAAUAAAGUACAAAGUUUUUUUAACAUGAUGAAAAGCUUGUUUGGAUGUUUUCUCAAUUUAAAUUAAACAGGAAAACCUGCUUAUUCAUAUGAUAUCAAAGCUACCAUUUAAAACAAAAAAAUAUAAUUCAAAUCCCCUUUAUAUAUUUUU